UUUAGCCAGAGAAUAGGGACCGAAGAACGACCCGGAACAUCUUCACCUUCCUUCACUCAAACCUUUAAGGAAGUAGUUCAGUUGCUGUGCUUUGCUUCUCUCUACGUACAAUCAGGAAAUUCAACCAGCAAACCAGAGAAAGAAAGAAGAAAGGAGUUAACUAACGAUUUCCCUCUUUCAUAUGCAGCUCCUGGCCUCUCUUACUUGCAUGCUUUCCUUUCUUGCCUAUACCUGGAGUUCAUUAGCUACCCAGUUCACUUAGGAGAUAAAUUGUUUGAUCAAACGAGGGUCGAUGUAAUUGAGCUGCUUAUCGCACUUCUUAUUCCCGCCCACCUGCUUCUCUUUUCCUUCUGGAAGUUUGGGUUAGGGAGAAUCUCCAUCAAAGUUGUUGGUCAUCUCGAGAAGAAGCUUUCUUUCCUUUCCUUAGCCGGAGAAGAGGUCGGGCCUGGAGAAGACCUUAUUAAAAGAAGACGGGAGGUGUGUGGAGAUACCGAUAACAACCCUAUUGUUUUAGAUUCUGUUAAGGAUCUGAUUACCAACUUUUACACGAAUUUGAAAGUGGAUGAGAUCGGUCGAGUGGUCUCAAGUGGAGAUGGGAUUGCCCGUGUAACUGGAUUGAACGAGAUUCAAGCUGGUGAACUGGCCGUACCGCUUAAAGAAAGUGUUAAAGUUGCUUGCAGUGCCAAAAAUGGGAGAACCAUGGGGCACACUGUCAUUGCACGAUGGGAAGACUCGGACCAAAUGGAUUGUACUGCAGAUACGCGUCGCUCAUUAGUGGAGUACAACCACUCAUGCGGGAUUGGGCUUCAGAGUAGGAUCGAGGUCUCAUAUGGUUCAAACCGAGGUUCUAAGUGUUUUCUGAAUUAA